UGCGGCUGCCAGGCUGCUGCUACGCUUUCUCCGUCCGAUAGCAAAGCUUGACAUCAUGCUAUGGUCUAGGGUACUGUGUUGUUAAAGCACUACCGAAUUGCAUUUAUUUAUAAAGAAAUAUAGCUUCUUCUUAUACGAUUAUUCUACGACGUCUUGGAUCCAUUUGCUAUUCAACCUGCGACAUUCAAUAUCAAUAUCUCCUUUGAUCUUCAGUUUACGCCUUGAAAGGGAGCGGAAGGUAAAAUAACGCUAAAGGACUAUUUAUUUUCAUGCAGAGGAUGUUGAGCAGCACAUGGCCAAUUGAAGAUGUAUGUCAUCUGCAGCCUGAGUGCUGCGUUUUGAAGAAUCAGAUUUACUACAUAAAAAGUACCUCCACCAUCCUCCACCAUGCCUGUGCAUGACAUGGUGGGUUGUCAACUCUGUGGUUCCCACACUGCCAUAUCAAGAAUUUAUAUUAAGGGUCUUUUCAUCCUCCUGGUCCUGACUCUGCUACAGGCUACAGUGGCAGCAACCAGCUCGAAACCUGUCACCUGCCACAAAACCUGUUUGUGCGCCAGCAACAUUGUCAGUUGCUCCAAGCUGAACCAGACCGAAAUCCCCACGGCUCUCCCUCGCUACACCGCUGUGCUGGACCUCAGCUUCAAUCAAAUCACUAAGCUGAAAGCUGAAUGGACCCCGGUUGAGCUCAUCAAGCUGCACAGCCUCCUGCUCAGCCACAACCGCCUCAUCUUCAUUUCCUCUGAGGCCUUUGUUCACGUCACACAGCUGCGCUACCUAGACCUGUCCUCCAACUGCCUGAAGAUCCUGGAGGAGUACAUCUUUGAGCCCCUGGUGCACCUGGAGGUUCUGCUGCUCUAUAAUAACCACAUCUCCCAGAUCGAUCGCACCGCUUUCUCUGGCCUCAGUAGCUUGCAGAAGCUCUACCUCAGCCAGAACCAGAUCCAACGCUUCCCCCUGGAGCUCGUCAAGGAGAGGAACCGGCUAGAGAAGCUCAUGCUCCUCGACGUGUCUACCAACCGGGUCAAACUGCUGCCCAUCCAUGAGCUCCAGAUACUGCCUGCCUGGAUCAAGAACGGUCUUUACUUCCAUAACAACCCACUGCCCUGCAGCUGUGAGCUGUACAGCAUGCUGGCCCGCUGGCACCUUCAGGACCUCAGCUCUGCCAUUGACUUCAGAGACGAUCACACCUGCCUCCUCCCAGGCACGCAGAAGAAGAAAGCACUCACCUUGGAGCUAAACAGGAUACAUCUGAACUGCAGUGCAGUGACCAUCACUAAUGAGGUGGCCUAUCUGGAGCAGUUCCUGACCUUAGAAUGUGACACCAGGCAGAGGGACAUGCUGAAGAGCUGGGUUCUGCCUGGCAAUGUGCAGAUGUCCUCUAGGAACCAGAGUGCCAUGGUCCUCAGCGACGGAAGCCUGCAAAUCGGCCCCCUCACACUGGAGGAUUCGGGGGUCUACACCUGCUACGCCAUGGGGGACUACCUCAAUGAAACCCUGUAUGUGACUGUGGUGGUGCACAACACCACUCAGGCUGGAGGGCAGGAGGGCAUGAAGACAGCCUACACCACGCUGGUGGGUUGUCUGGCCAGUGCAGUAAUGGUGGUGAUCUACCUCUACCUUACACCCUGUCGCUGCCUCUGCUGCCCGGGCCAGGGGCUGGACAAUAGGGCCCCUGGGGACAGCCUCCACUCCUCCACCGUUAGCGUCUCCCCAACCCACGAGGGCACGGCCCCGGAGGGGCUCGGAGGGAGAGGGGGGGCCUUUGACAAUCCUCCGUUCAACAGGCAUGUGGGCUUCCUGGACCCCAAAAGCCUGCUGGAGCAGAAUGGGAGACUGAGCCCAUGUGGGGAGGAGGACGAGGAGUGGCGAGAGGAGGACAGAAUGAGGCAGGGACAGAGGAGGAGGUCGGACGCUGAGUCUUUAAGCUCUGUGUGCUCCGACACCCCUAUCGUGGUGUAAGAGGGUGUUGGUUGGUUGGCUGCCUCAGUAGGACUGGGACUUGCUCAUGUGCGGAAGAGGGAUAUCCACUUCAAAUAUGCAUCAGUUUGUUUGGGCAAGUAGCUUUACGUAGUGGUACUAGAUUAUUUUGUCUUUUUAAAAGAGAGGAACUAUCAACCAAAUGAGGAUUCAUUCUCACUAAGUAGCAAUCCGUGUAUUUGUAAAAGGCUUAAAUAUUGUUGAAUAUCUCUUGUGGAAAGCUGCACUAAAACCAUAUAAAUUUUAGCUGAAUUUACAUAAAAUAACCAACAGCCGCAGUGCUGGAGUGUUUUCACUGCAAUAUAACUUUGCUCCAAUACGUAUGCUGCUGUCAAGUUUGAUUUACCAGGCUAAGAAUAGUCUAUGUCAGUCCCUGUUGGGAGGGCAAUGCUGGUGGGACAUUGUGCCAUUUGUUAGCAGUCAGGCCCAGACCUUCCAAAGGGAGUUGUCAUGACAAUAUCCUGAGUACUUAUGGUCAUGAUUUUGUUAAUUUUUUUUUUUUAUUCUCGACCUGGCUACAGUUAGUCUUCCUGGAUUCCUACAAUUAACAAAAAGACAAUACAAGCAAACAAAACAUUACGACUUACAUUUAAUAAAAAACAUGUAGUCAUUACCAACAUACAGAUCUAAACAUAGUAAAAUUAAAGACACAAAAAUACAAAUAAAACUGAAAGCAAAUAAUGUUUUUCUGUAUACAAAUGUGUGCAUUUCUGUAAUGUCGGUUGGCAUGUGUCCGUAGUGUGUGUGUGUUUGUGGGUGUGUGUGUCUGCAUGUCUCUACGCCCCUAACCAAACGGACAAAUGCUGGCUGGGCGAUCAUCUCAUAAACACAGUCUAAAAUAGCAGCCAGUAGUACAGCAUUACGCUAGCCCGCUCAGCAGCACUGCCACAGCUGAGCACUGCAUGUAAACACAACUUCAGCACUAGAACAACAGAUACCUUGUUGAACCUCUGAAGACACCUGAACCUCUCAGAUUUAGGCUUGAUGUAGGUGGUAUAGUACAAACUAUUUAUAUUAUUCCAGCAUUGUAAGUUUGGAAAUAAUGAUCAACAAUAUAGUCAGAUGGUUAUUUUACCUAGCUUUAAAUGAAGUGUUAGUUUGAGCUCUUGUUCUGUACCUGUAGCUGUACUUUACAAUAUAGCUCUGUGGAUUGAAUCUGUCAUUGUUGGCUACUCGGGUUUCUCUCCAGACUUUAUUAGAUAUUAAGUUACAUUUACUGACAACUUGUAAACCUGAGGAUCUCUGUUCCUCUUAAUGUCGAAGGUAAUUGUAAUUGAAGUACAGUACCUUGUUGGAGACAUUUAUUGCACUGUUGUUAUUCUCCUGUUUGAAGAAUUUCCCCUGUCAUGUACCCAAACCUGCAGUAUAUGCUGAUAGGAUCUUUAUCAAAUUUAUGCAGUUAAUGAACACGCAUAACAAAACCUGCCACUUCCAUUUUGCGACCUAAUUCUUAUGAUCUAAUUAGUGUCUAUCUUUCUGCCUACUAAGGAUAACAUAGUCGCUUAUGUAUGUGUUCUACACGUUAUCCUACUAUCACAUGCUAUCUAUUCAUAAGAUUAAUAAUAUGUAUCUCUACAAUAUAGUAUUAUUUCAUAAGAAGAUAAAUGUUAUGCAUAAUAGCAAAGGAUUUGUAGAUUCUAGCAAAAAUAAUUAUUAUAUGAGAAUUAUAUCAUAAUAACCUAUAACUUUUUUAUACUGAAGGUAUAUACUUUUCUAGAAGCUAUAUUUGACUUCUGGCCCUUUAGUAUAAAUUCUGUAUAAUUGUCUCCAGUUAGUGAAAAUGUAUCAUUUCUGACCAAGCAAUUCAUUUAAUGUAAAAUCUCCUAAAACACACAAUGGAAAUUGUCUGAGUAAUUGUUAUUUAUAUUUAGUCUACAGUAUAUAUAUAUAUAUAUCAGGUCUGUGGUAGCCAUUUCUUGUGAUGUUGUGUGUUAACCUACUGUUUGUCAGUGUUGUAUACUAUACUAAGAAUACUCACCUGUUUCUGCUCAGUGCAUAUUCAUUGUUGGAAGAACAAAUACAUUCAUUUAAUGUAUUUUUACCUUCAUAAUCUCUACUCUAUUGUCAAAAAUGUCUUAAUGUUUACCCUCUGUACCUGUAGCAGUUAUCUGUAUUCACAACACAUAAACAUCCAAACCAUGAAGUAUACCUGUAGCUGUUAUCUGUAUUCACAACACCAUAAACAUCCAAACCAUGAAGUAUACCUGUAGCAGUUAUCUGUAUUCACAACACCAUAAACAUCCAAACCAUGAAGUAUACCUGUCCACUUACUUUCUUCAGGCUCUUUCUGAUGUAUGUUAUCUACACUCCCUCUUUUGGAUCAUUUACCUCUGACACUAUCACGUGGCUGAAGGUGCAUCCCAUCACAUCCCUUAUGCCAUUGACAGGUAAUGCAACAACAGAAAAGGACAGCUUGUAUUUCUGUGUUCAUCACAAAUCCGAUCUACUGUAACCUAUGUCAUUACGGACUACAGUAUGUUUUAUUAUGUGCAGAAUGAAUCUUUCUAUAUAUAUUCUUUACAUUUAGAUAUUAAUCAUUAAGCAGACAUUCUUAUUAAGACCAAGUUAAGAGGAUCUGACAGUUUACAGUGUCCAAGGAGAACAGAGGACAGAAAGUCAGCUGGGCAGAGUGGAGGGAUCUGACAUUGCUGCAGGAUUUAAUGUGUAGAUUGAGAAAGAAGAAACCAGUCAAUGCAUAGGCUUGUUCUGUUUGUGUGUUGACUCAAUAGGCUGAGUAAAGACGUCGCAGGUGUCAAACUUUCUUUCCAAAGUGGUUGUCACAGGCUUCUACAGAGAGGAAUGGAUCUGUAACACAUCUAUAAAAUGUAUAAUAUGAAGAUGUCUUGGUGGCAGACCUGCCCUGAAUACAGAGGUCAAUGAGAUUGGUUGAGUCAAUGAGUAGAGUGUAUAUCCCGUAGGAAUAGCGUGCCAUUUGGGAGGCCUUUCCUGAAUCAGUAACACCUGAUUCUCAUAUUACCAUACUGACCCUCAACAGCAGCAUAAACCACCCAGUCUCUGUUGUCUUGUGUUUCCACACAAGAUCUCCUCCUUUAUCUCCUCCUUUAAUUAUGAUAAUCCAUAGUCAACUAUUUUCCACGGAAUGUCAGCCAGGCUACGACCAGUGAUUUGGAACCCCAUGCCCCUUGCUUGUUGGUAAAUUGAUUGUAACUACCCAUUAUCAAGGCUGGUUAUAGAGUGCCUGGGUUUUAUUCACUUUUUGUGUGAAUAAAUCUACCUGUGAAUCAUAGACUGAAAUGAAAUGUUGUGAAAAUGUUGAGACUUUGGUGAGUUGACCACGGAUGAGGAACAACGUCACCACAUCCAUAC